UGCUUUGUAGAUAAUAAACCCAACAUUGCAUAUAUAGCAAAAGGAACAACUGAGACUCAAACCCAGUCAGGCUCUAAAAAAUAUUUCCAAUCACUUUUUUGUACUCAAUUAUUUGUGACCACUAUUAUCUCAGAGAAUAAGGAGGUAACAGUUUUCAGAAUCCAAUUCCAGAAAGAUAAUACAUAGUUGAUUAUUUGAAAUUGGGUCCUAAAAAUUUUAUCCAGAAUUUUUAAUAUUUAUUUAUUUUCUUUUUUGAGACUGGGUCUUGCUUUGCAGCCCAUGUUGUAGUGCAGUGGUGCCAUCUGGGCUCACUGCAACCUCCACAGGAGGAUCACGAGGUCAAAAGAUUGAGAACAUUCUGGAAAACAUGGUGAAAUACCAUCUCUACUAGAAAUAAAAAUAUUAGCUGGACAUGGCGGCACAUGCCUGUAGUCCCAGCUACUCGGAGGCUGAUAAAGGAGAAUCGCUUGAACCCAGGAGGUGGAGGUUGCAGUGAGCGAAGAUCAUGCCAUUGCAUUCCAGCCUUGCAACAGAACAAGACUCCAUCUCAAUAAAUAAAUAAAUAAGAAUAAAUAUUUCUACCAGCAGUCUGUCUUCAAUGUCUGAGCCUGUGGAUGCUGAAAACUCUGGAAUGAGUUUGGGAAUCCAGAAAACAAAGGCAAGGACUGACUCUGGAAGCACAACCUUCAAGGGACAAAAAAAUUAAAAGUGCCUGAGAAGGAAAAGGUCAACGCUAGCCAAUGAGUAUUUCCAAUAUUUAAUUAACCCAGGACCUAACCACUGAUUAAGUUAGAGGAGUUUCAAUGGACUAGUGAGAGACGGAUAAAUCCAAUCUUCCACUUUUAAUGUCCUCAUGUUCUCCCCACCCCGCCACCUCCAAGGCUUAAAAUGCAAUCAGAGAAGAAGGUGGAAAAUGUUCAUUGGAGCCUGUCCUUGGCCAAAGGCUAAUUUCAUCUGCAUUCUGUCCAAUAGGGAAACAGAAAGGAAACUCUCCACAGGCUUAUAAGCUCUGAAGGCGCCAGAUUCAGAACUCUCAGAUGAACAGAGAGGCUGUGCUGUGUUGCCUGUUCUGACCUGGACCAAGAAGGACACGACUGACCUGGGAAGGCAGGAGAAGCCAUUCUUAUUUGGCAGUGGUUCUGAAGGAACCACCCCUCACGUCUAAAAAUUUAAAGGCAGCUCUGGAGUAUUCACAGAGCCUGGACCCAAGUGGAGAUUUGGCAUCAGGAGAGCAGCCCUCGAACAACAAGUGCAGAUGAACCGCCUUUCUAAUUAGUUUUCUGAGUCGACGUCCGACUUACUGAUUCCCAGUGCUGGGAUCCGAGCCACCCACUGUGGCAGCCUAAAUAGCAGCGAUAAGACUGAUGGUGCUCUUCUGCCCGGGAAUCUCUGGUCUGGCUUCCCUCUUGAGUCCACAACAAGCGGCUCUGACUUCCCGGAGCUCCAAACUCUGGUCAGUAGGGGAAGCGGUCCCGUUGGCUCUGCGUGAAGAGCUGCUGCGCCGAGACGCCGGCAAAACCGCUGCGGCGGCCACAAGAGUCGCGCUGGUGACCCGUGGGGCUCCUCCACUGGGAGUCGGCUAAUCGGUGAGUGAUGAAAAUUCGUCUAAUGAUGUGGCGUCGUCUCGUUCUCUGAGCUUUCACUAGGAGCUACAAUCCUGAGCUGUUAGUGGUCGGCCAUCUUGGAUAGAUCUCUGAAGUUUUAUAUUUUUAGUAGAGAGGGGGUUUCACCAUGUUUGCUAGGCUGGUCUCAAACUUCUGACCUCAGGUGAUCUGCCUACCUCAGCUUACCAAUGUGAUAGGAUGACAGGCAUGAGCCAUCAUGCCCAAGUCACAAGGGAUUUUAGAGCUUCGAGAUGUAGCAGAAGUGAAAGGUGAGGCUAAUAAAAGAGAGUAAGAGAAGAACUGGUCUAGCAUGGAGACAGUGACACAGAGACAAUAAGGCUCAGCUUUUAUUUUAUUUUAAUUGAGACAGGAUCAUUCUCUGUUCCCUAAGCUAGAGUCCAGUGACACAAUGACCACUCACUGCAGCCUCACCUUACAGGCUCAAUUGAUCCUCUUAUCUGAGCCUCCCUAGAAGCUUGGACUGCAGGUGUGGGCCACUAUGACUGGCUAACUUUUGUAUUUUUUUCAUAGAAUGAAGUGUGGUCAUAUUGUCCAGACUGUCAGCCUUUUCAAUAAUGUUUUUUCCUGGAGAACAUCUAAAGCAUGUAAUGUAGCAGCAAAAUCACUACAACAAACACUGUAACCACUUAAAAUUGAUAUCCCAAUUCCUAUACUUUGCAAUAUUGUGUGGCAAACCCAGGAUCACGUAUACUCUUAUGGGUAAAUGCUGCACUAUGAAUGACUGAAAUACAGUCUCUCAAAUAUUCAGCUCGUAAUAUCAUUAGAAAUAACAGCUAGUGAAUACUUAUCUUACUUAGUGAUAACUUAGUAAUACUUAGUGAAUACUUAGAAAUCACAGCUAGUGGAAACUUACUCUAUCCCAAUGGACUUUAUUGUUAGAAGGGUUUAUGUAGAAAUAAAGAAAAUUAUUAGGUAGAUAUCUGCAUUGAUAUAAAUGUUCUUUAUUGAUUUAAUAGAUCUUAUUCUUUUUUCCCUUUUGUAGUUGAUGACAACUGCCUUCUUGUUGUGUUGAAAGUCACACUCUGGAGUAUUUCACGCGGUCAUUAUUUUCCAUUGCCUCUUGUAACUGUGGCUUUUUCUGAGAAAGACCACGAAAGAGCCCAGCUUGAAUUUCAGUAAAGGAGGAUCUGGUGCCAAGGGAUCAGCCGGUGCCCUGGGCCCGCCCUCCCACUGGAGCUGCUUCUAGAGCCAAAGGCAAAAAAAACAGACACAGGCCUGUGAAGUGCUUGCAGGAGAGAGAACACAGAGGAGGCACCGGCUUCUCACCUUCCCUCCUUCCCGGAGGAUCACACCUUCUGAAGGGAGUCUCCCCACGCAGAUCCCUCCCUGCACCAUGGCCGUCACAGCAUCCCUGGCUGAGCUCCAAGCAGAGGCCAGCUGCCCCAUCUGCCUGGGUUACCUGAAGGACCCAGUCACCACUCACUGUGGGCACAACUUCUGUCGCUCCUGCAUCCACCAGUGCUGGGAAGACCUACAGGACAUCUUCCCCUGUCCCGUCUGCCUCCACCACUGCCCUGAAGAGAACCUCAGGAGCAACACCCAAUUUCGCCACAUGACUGAUGUGGUUCAGCAGCUUCCCGCCAUGAGGAGGAAGAGGAAAGUGCAGGAGGAGGAGGAGCCCCUGUGUGGGAAGCACUGUCUGCGUCUGGCCCUGUUCUGUGAGAAGGACCUGGAGCUGUUGUGUCCCCAGUGCAGGGUCUCCUCUGACCACCAGCAUCACCCCCUGCUGCCCAUUGAGCAAGCUGCAGCCAGAAACAGGAGAAAGCUCAAAAGCUACAUUCAGCCACUAAAGGAGAAAAUUGAAGAUGCCAAGAUGCGACGUGAAGCGACAAUGUUGAAAUCUGUCAAUGAGAAAAGGAAGAUGGAAACAUGGAGGAAGGAAUUACAGUCUGAAUUUGAAGAAAUUAAGAUAUCCUUGGUAAAGGAACAAGCUGCAAUUUGUGCCUCUUUACUUGUUGAAGAGCACGACGCUGAAGAAAAACUCGCUGAAAACCAAAGACAAAUUUCAGAGCAUUUACUUGUACUCCAAAACCUGCUAAAUGCAGUAACAGAGAAGGGAUUUCAGGGAGACCUGGAUGUGCUGACAGGUACUGAGAACAUCUACAACACAUAUGAAAACCUGAAAGCCCCUGCCGUCUUCUCACAUGAAUUCAGGAAGAAGAGUUUGGGGCUCCCUCCACAUUAUUUUGGCCUCCACAGAAUGAUGAGCACAUUUCAGGAAGAUUUGACGCUAGACCCGGAAACAGCCCACCCUAGUCUUAUUAUCUCAGGAGACAGAAAAAGCGUGAUAUUUUGUAGGAUGAAUCCAGGCUUUACUGAUAAUCCUCAGUCGUUUUGCUUUUACCCAGCAGUCCGGAGCCGUGAGGGCUUUGAUGCUGGGAGACAUUUUUGGCACGUAGAAGUGAGAGGCACAGGUGCGUGGUCCCUUGGUGUUUGUAAAGAAACAUUUCCCAGAGAUGGCCUGAGAUCGCCAACCCCACAGAUGGGGUGCUGGGAAAUUCAGCCAUUCUGUAGUUCAUGCAGUACAAGGAAUACAGAAGUCCAGCAAAUGGGCAUUUUUCUGGACUAUGAGUUGGGAGAGGUUUCAUUUUAUAAUUUAAAAACCAGAUCACAUGUGUACACUUUCACUGAUAAGUUUACAGAAAAGCUUGUGCCUUAUUUCUCUGUUGACCCUUCUUCCCAAGCUGUCACAAUCAAUAUUGUCAUAGACCAGUGAUGGGCUCCUUAGAGAGCCCUUUGCAUGUGGCUAUCUUUUCUUUUUGUGUUGUUGGAGGACAUUUGUAAUAAAGUCUGUUAUUCCAUGUUUAUGUUUGAUGUGCCAAACAUGGGCUCAUUGGUUGAUCACUUGUGUGAAGCAGGAACAGUCACUAUGUGGAGAUUUAGCAUUACUUGAAACUUACAAUCACUUAUAUGUUAAUCCAUUUUGUUGUGAUUUGAGAGAAUAUCUGAGAUUUGGUAACUUA